GAGUAGUUAUUAAAAUAGGUGGAACUUCCUUUUUAAAGUUCAUUUGCUUUACUCUCUCAAAUUGAAGGGCACCAGUUCAGUAGAAGGGGUUGAGAUUAGUAAAAUAGGAGCGCAUAUUGAGAGAUGGCCGGACACGACUCGGGAGCGCAGCACCAGUUCACUGGCAUUGCCAAGUACUUCAAUUCAUACACCAUCACGGGAAGAAGAAAUUGUGUGCUGGCUACAUAUGCCGGCAUUGCUGCCAUUAUCCUCUUCUUCAAGUUAAAGCCUAAGAAACAGAAGGCUGUGACUUCAAGCUAGUUUAUAGUAAGGAUCUGUGUGAUUUUUCCACACAGGGUGAAGAUUGGUCUUCUCUUUAGUACCAUGUUGUAAAAUAAAAGUUGGUAAACACCA